GCGCCAUCUUGGUCCGAUAUUUUGGCACAUAAUCCAUGCUAAUCGUGAGUGCGCGAAUUUGUGACAAACACAAGGCUCAAUACUGACUGAUCGCGCAGUGAGUGUCCUUGGCCAUCCGGAAGCCGCAAAAUCAUCUCAUUCAGUCCCUAGUAGCCUAACCGUACAAGGGUAGUUUGUUCUCGAUAUGGAUGGCAACAGCAACCAUCGUGCAGCUCUCUUCGCGUCUGCGUCCGCAUCACCGGGAGUCGAAGAAACUCAGACCUCUAAGGUUACGUCCAUGCCCCCGGCGGCCCGUGUAAUAUAUGGAGACUUCAUGGAAAAACUCGAGUCUCUAAAAACUGCCGUUUCCAGGAAGGGCGACGAAGAUGACCUGGAUGACGCUUUGAAGCUUGCAAAAGCGCUUGGACAAGUGACGGCAUCCCUGAUGUCCACCAUCAAGCAAGAAGUAUCCGCAGUAUUUAGCGAGGAGGGCAGCGACACUGUUGCCGACCUUGACUGGCUGCAAGCUCAACGAAGUUAACCUGAGGCUAUUGCCUAGGAAGGAUGAUUGGGUUCUUACUAAUGCCCAGGGGAGGGUAGGUCUUAGUAAGGAAUCUAGUAGUGGGAAAUCGGCAUAGCUGAGCGUGGGAAGGGGGAUUUGACGAGGCUGUUUCUGGACGGAGAGCACAAUCUUGGGAGGUGGCGAAAGGAGG